CACGUCCUUAUUUUCUUCGAAGGACCCGGAGCCGGAAGUGCCCACCUUUUCCCUUCCAGGACCCUCAGGUUACGUCCCAUCAGCCCUUGCGCGCCGUCUUCCUCUCUCUUCCUCGGCGCUGCCUUCGGAGGUGGCCGCCAUUCGUAUUCGGUACCAUGGCUGCCCUCAGACCCCUCGUGAAGCCCAAAAUCGUCAAAAAGAGGACCAAGAAGUUCAUCCGGCACCAGUCAGACCGAUAUGUCAAAAUUAAGCGCAACUGGCGGAAACCCAGAGGGAUCGACAACCGGGUGCGGAGGAGGUUCAAGGGCCAGAUCUUGAUGCCCAACAUUGGUUACGGGAGCAACAAGAAAACCAAGCACAUGCUGCCCAGUGGCUUCCGCAAGUUCCUGGUGCACAACGUCAAGGAGCUGGAGGUGCUGCUCAUGUGUAACAAAUCUUACUGUGCGGAGAUUGCCCACAACGUUUCCUCCAAGAACCGCAAAGCCAUCGUGGAGAGAGCAGCCCAGCUGGCCAUCAGAGUCACCAACCCCAACGCCAGGCUGCGCAGUGAAGAAAAUGAAUAGACACUUCAAAUGCACAUUUUUUGUGUGCUUAAAUAAAGCCACAAGCUGCCACCUGGCUUUUCCUGC